AGGUUUGGGGCAAAAACAAUUAGCUGUCAUUUCGAUCAGCUGUGAGAGGGAGACAGCAGCCAAAAGAACCUGCACAAUUAAAGAACAGACAUGGGCCUUCUCCUGAUCCACCACCUGUAUUUCCUGCUGAUCUGCAUGCUGGCCUGUCAGUGUCCUGCAGUCAACGGGUUGUUUGAGUGGCUGAAAGGAACACAGGCACCUCCAGCAGCAGCAACAGAAGUCCCGGCACUUCUUGCUAAGGAUGCCCAGUUUGAGAUGACUACUGCAGAUGAGAGGUUUUUGGCUGAGUCAAAGCAGAUGGAGCUCAGCCCAUUAGACAGCUGUCAUCACAGGGUCGUUGCCCGGCUGAAGGCGAGCUGUGAAAGCCUCCCAGAGGAGCAGCUCUCGAAGCUUGGAGUCGUACUGUUUAAUUGCCAGGCAGAGACUGAGGGGCGCCGGACCUUCCCAUGUACAGAGCAAAUGACUAUAAAAGAGUGUACAGCAGACAUGGAUUCAGACACAUGGAACGCUUACCACAUAGUGAGCAACAGAGCGCGCUCUGUUUGUUAUGCCACGCGGCAGCAGCUCUUCCGGCGCAGAGCAGAGCAAACUGUCAAUGCUCUCAUCUUCACGGCAACCAGCCAACUAGAUGCAAUGAAUGACCUGAAGGAGGGCCAGCUCGAGCUGAAAGAACUGACUUCAGCCUCCUUGGACAAGCUGUUGGACGGUCACAGUGCUCUGCAGGCCCAACAGGGGAAACUGCACGAGGGCCAGGGGCAAAUGGAGAGUUCACUGAGGGACAACCUGGAGCGUCUGGGCCAGGAAAAAGCCCUCAUCGCCUCUGGACAGGAACUGGUAGCCCAGCUCAUUCAGGGCAUUACAAAGAGAAUGGAGAAUGUGACUGAAAAUCUGCAGAUCCAAGGCUCGGAGGUGCAGGACAACCACAAGGCAAUUGUUAAAGACCUCGCAGAUGUCAGACACCAAGCUCAGGACAUCCACCAAAAAAUUGACCACAGUAUGUUGGAGUUUCUGCAGUACCAGGACCAGACCUCGCAGUACUACACUGACCUGAUGAACAAGCUGGAGCGCAUGAACAGCACCCUGGGAGCCACGCUGCACUUCCUGGAUAACAUGCAGAGCCGGAUUGAGGAGAGGCUUCACAUGAUCCAGGGCUACCUUGGCUGGGCAGGUCUGAGCCUGACAGCCAUGUGGACGUGUGUUGCACACACGGGCUACUUUGUCGUGUGUGCAGUCCUACUGACAUUCCUGCGUUGUCCAGGUUUCUCUCGAGCGAUGCUGCUGCUCACCGUUCCUCUUAAUGCAGUGGCCGAGGUCAACCAGCAGCCGGCGCUGGAUCUCACCGGCCUCACACUUAUGCUGCUCAUUCUCUCUCUGGGUCACUGGUUUGUGAGUCAGUUGUGUGCAUGCCUCCAGACCAGAGGAAAGCCAGCCUCCCCGCUGCCUCUGGCCCCAUGUGACAUAGUGGAGCCACUGAAGCAGCCAGUUUCAUCCUGCCACUCGUAUCCACCGUCCUCUACACCGCAGAAAGAUGAAAAUGAUUGCUUCAUGGAGCAGGAUGACUUGUUGAAUCAAGACAGCUUCAUAUCAGGUAACUUUGGCAUAUCUGCAGUGUCUCCCCCUCAAAGGAAUCCAAAGCCAGAGUCCAGGUUUAUGCCGAUUGUUGGCACACCCAAUCACUCCUCCCCCAGGCUGGUACCACAGCCAGUUCUUUCAGCGGCUCUGGUUUCUGAUCUCCCCCCAAGAAACCUUGGAGGUGUUUUUGAUGCAGUGAACGACUCGCGUGAUUUGGCCAACGACUCAAGAAGUGCCAGUCCGACCCCGUCAGCAGUCAGCAACAGCUCUUUAUUAGGCCGUCAGCUGUGCAAUGGGGUGACAAAAACAGGGAAGGCCUGUAAGAAGAGAGCCGUGCCAGGACAAGAGUACUGCAGAGUCCACGAAGGAGGGCACACCUCGUAUGUUUUCAAAUGAACACUUAACCCUGUUUUUUUUUUGUUUGUUU